CCCCUCAAGAAGCUACCUACAGUUCAAGACCAAAUCCAUUUAUUCUCAGCUUGCUGUAGAGAGGAACUGCUGCCGCCGUGAGCCCGUGACACAACCAGGGCACGAGACGGUCGUAGGCGACACACUAGGAUUAGAACUUGGUGGCGGCGAGGCAGUGGCCGGCGUGUGCCAAACUGGCAACUGAGAUUGGCGGCAGUCGACGGGGCGAGCCAAGGAGGGAGGAGCGAGCCGUCUUGGAGGUUGGGAGGGAGGUGUGGCCGUGCGGGAUACAUCCAACGGUGGUCGGCCGGCUCGCCGGCAUGAAGCGCCACGGCAUCCUCGGGCAGUGGCUCAGCGUGCUGGAGUACUGGAGUUGAAGCCAGCGAUUGAACUCCCACCACCAGCACCACAGCAGCAAGACGAGCUACAGCAGGGAUUAGGCAACAUUGCAAGGGUACCAUGGAAUCCAUGUCAAGGGUCUUGCAUAGGUCUGACUCAACUAUAGCAAUUCCACUUCAAGGUGAAGAUGACACUCAUAGAAAUGCUAUGGUUGAAAUAUGUUCAGUUGAGGGUAACGGAGAUAGCUAUAAAACACCAGAAAGAACGAUAAGCUUACCAUUCUAUGGUUCAGUCUAUGAGCCUGAUUGCGAGGAUGGCUUACAGCCCACAAUUGGUAUGGUGUUUGAUAGCUGGGAGAAAGGAGAAGAUUUCUACAGAGCAUAUGCUAAGCAUAUGGGAUUUGGGGUUCGCAAAUGGACACAGCACAAAAAAAUAGAUGGGACGGCCAUCUGGAAGCGAUUUGUUUGUUCAAAGGAAGGUUGGAGGAAAGAGCAAGAAAGUGGUGAAGAUGAGAAGCCUAAAAGGAAGGUCAAGAUAACUCGGUGUGGCUGUCAGGCGAUGAUUGGAUUCAAGAGAAGAGAUGAUGGCAAGUAUGUGGUUGCCAAGUUCAUCUCCUACCACACCCAUGAUUUGGUCUCCCCAAGGAUGGGGCAUUUAAUCAAAUCAAAUAGGGAAGUGACUAGCGGAGUGAAGUGUGCAUUAUUUACAUGUCAUAAAGCGUCAAUUGGCACUUCUGCAGCAUUCCGGAUGCUUAGUGUAGAGAAAGGUGGGCCUGCAAACCUAGGUUGCACAAAGAAGGAUGUUCAGAACUAUGAACGUGAUUGCAGAAAAGUCAUUAGUGCUUCAGAUGCCCAGAUUUUAAUUGAUAUCAUGAAAGAGAAGCAAAAGGAUCAAUUCAUCAUUCUUUUUUGAGUACCAGUUAGACGACAAGUUGAGGCUAACACACAUUUUCUGGGCUGAUAGUACAUGCAUAAGGAACUAUAAGUUGUUUGGUGAUGUCAUGUCCUUUGAUUCUACUUACCGAACCAACCGAUAUGACCUGGUUUUUACGCCAUUCACUGGAGUCAAUCAUCAUAAGUCAUGUAUCACGUUCGGUGCUGCCUUUUUACCAAAUGAGAAGAAAGAGUCAUACAAAUGGCUAUUCAGAACCUUUUUGAAAGCAAUGGGAGGGGCUGCACCUAAACUGAUCAUAACUGAUGAGGACCUUAGCAUGAAGGCUGCAAUCAGAGAUGUCUUCCCAAACACCAUACACAGACUUUGUAUGUGGCAUAUUCUUAACAAACUCCCUGAAAAGCUUGGUCGUGACUUCACCAAGGAUGAAGAGUUCAUGAAAAGAUUUGGGAUAUGUGUAUGGUGUUCAGAGACACCUGAUGAGUUUGAGUCAAGCUGGGCAUCAAUAAUUGCUGAUUAUGGACUUGAAAAUAAUGUCUGGUUGAAUGAUAAGUAUGCUCUGCGAGAAUCAUGGAUUCCAGCAUACUUUGUAGGAUACUCACUAGGUGGUAUCUUACGAACAACCUCUAGAUCUGAAAGCGAGAAUGCAUUCUUUGGCCGCUUUGUGAACCGACGACUAUCUUUACUUGAAUUUUGGAUCAGGUUUGAAGCUGCCUUGGAGGAACAGCGGGAAAAGGAGUUGCACGAUGACAAUGCCACAAUUCAUACAUCACCUGUACUCAAGACAUCUUGGACCUUCGAGAGGCAUGCUAGGGAGGUCUACACGCAUACCAUAUUUGAGAUGUUUCAGCAAGAGGUGGUUUCUGCGAGGGAUAAUUGUGUGGUGCAAGGUAUGGAACAGGUUGGAGAGGAAAAGAUCACCCGAAUUAGGGAUAGUAGAGGCAGGAUAAGAGAAAUUCGCUACAACACAUGUUCCAAGGCUGUAAACUGUUCUUGCAGGUUGUUUGAGUCUAUCGGUAUUCUUUGUUCUCACACCAUUGUAGUCCUCAAGGCAGAGCUAUACAAUGAAAUACCUAUUAACUAUGUGCUAGAUAGGUGGACUAAGAUAGCUACACGUAAGCGGGUGCUUGAUGCUAAAGGUAAUGUGAUUGAAGGAUCAUGUACAUCCCUUCCACCUGCCAUCAAGAUCAUGUACUCUGAGACAAACUCUAAAUUCAACAUGGGGAUGCUUGCUGCUAAACAUUCUGAGGAGAAAAUGAAGUAUUUGCAUAAAGCUGUGGCUGAAGCUGUUGAUCAUGUGCUAAAAAUGGAACAAUCUAGUGAGACAAGUAAAGUUUCAGAGUUUGAGUCUUUUGUUGGAAUGCCAUUUCCAACGACCAUUGACAUCCAUCCCCCUGAAGUAGCACACACCAAAGGAAAUGGAAAAAGAUUUAAGAAGGCUUCAGAAGAAAACAAAAGCAAAAGGAGGAAAACUAGCUCCAAGCAACAACAUUGAGCUAACCAAAUUAAAGGUGUGCAGGAUCAUUAUGCAUUUUUCACUAUUGAUUUUUUAACAAGUUGCUAUCUAAUUAUUUGCCAGGAGCCUUCAGUCUCAAACAGGCCAAUCUACAAUUACUGCCCGUCAAUAUGAUUAUUCAUUUUGGUGCUAUUUAAUAAUCAAUUUCAUUCUACAAUUAAUUUUGGGGUCUCCAUUGAGCAUCGAACUUCCCUGUACGGCAACAUCUCCACUACACAGACUGCCGGAGGACGCACAAGAUGAUAAUUGGAUGGUUAUGAAUCUGUGUUCAUGUAAUUUGUGAAGACUGGAACCCUUGUGUAGUAGAUGCCUACAAGUCGAAUAUGUAGCAGCAUAUAUAUGUGCAUUCAAUCUGAACAAAUUUGAUCGCUCUUGUA